AGUUCAUCAGUGAUCAUGGCGCUUGCAACAGUGCCAAAAUGUCGGAAAGUCAAAUAAAUUUAUAAAACAUGGUAAAAGUCCCGUUGCAAUUUCUCAAAUAGUUCUUUUGUCAAUUUAAUUGUUUGAAUAAUGUGUAUCAAAUAAGCCUGCAAGACCUACUGCUACAUACUGAAUACAAAUUCUUAUUCAAUAACAAGAAUUUUAUAUCAAAAAAAACAAUUCCUUGAAAACAUCCGGCUCACAAAAAAAAAACGCUUAUCCAAACAAACCCUUAAACCUAAAGCCCUUCCCUAACCAAUAACUUCCCUAAAAUCUAUUUUUACACAAUUAUAUUUAUCACGCAACGCUAUCGGCAUAGAAGUUGAUAAUGGAGUCGUAUUUAAGGCGUAUCGAGCGGUCAAAUACACCAGUGUGAACGUAGUAUCGCUGCUUAGACGUACUGACGCUCUGUCAGUGGACGGGAGAGCGCGUGCGACUGCGAACAUCGCGAAAAAAAAAAAAAAAUCGAAAAAAUAUUUUUAUCCGCGAAUUAAAUCCGGCUAGUAAAUUACAUCUGGACAGUUUUGAAGACAUCAAGAGGAAUACUAUAGACGUGGUUGACCAGAACAGCAGACGCCAUGACGAAGACCGAAGUUUCAAUAAAUAUACUCAGGAAACUAGUCCUCGACUGUUUCCUACUAAUUGGAUUGGGGCUAUGCAUAUGUGCAACGAAUGUUCUCUGGCAGCCGUUCCAAAGAGGUUUCUUCUGCGGAGACCAGAGCCUCAUGUACCCCUACAAGGGAGACACUGUCACAGUACUUAUGUUAAGGCUUGUUGGACUACUACUACCUAUUUCAGCGUUCCUGAUUUGUGAGUGGACACUCCUGCGCAACGUGCGCGACAGUGAGCGGUGUCUGGGCGUGCGCAUCCCUGCCUGGGUGCGUGGUUUCUACAGCACCCUCGUCUGCUUCGCCAUCGGAACCUGCUUCGUCGAGAUCGCUGUCAACAUCUCCAAAAAUGUCAUUGGAAGACCUAGACCUCACUUCUUUGAUAUCUGCCAACCAUCAAUAAACUGCAGCUCCUUGGAAUGGCAGGACCGGUACAUCCAGUCCUCAGACUACACAUGUACAGGACCACAGACUGACAAGUACGAGGACAUGCGCAAGAGUUUCUUGAGUGGACACUCUGCGUGGGCAGCGUAUACUAUGGUUUAUUUAGCUAUGUACCUAGAAGGCCGAAUGACCUGGCAGGGUACGAGGACACUCCGCCACGCCCUUCAGUUUGGAGUCGUGAUGCUGAGCUGGUUCACCGCGCUCUCGAGGGUCACUGACUUCAAGCACCAUUGGAGUGAUGUGCUCGCUGGGUACUCCCUGGGCGUCGUGUUUGCUGUUGUCAUGUGGGCGUGGGGCACAGAUGUAGUUCAGAAGAAGAAGAACUGCAACUCGUUGCCGCAGUUCGAGAUCGCCAUCACCAGCCAGUCGAUGCAGCCACAACGUUAAAUAACAGUUUUACUUAACUAGACACACCAGAAGAAUUCACGAUUGCCUUCUUUGGGAUUAGUGUAAAACGUCUCAUUAGCCCUAUAUCGUGAGUCGUGAGCACAAAAUGGAAACCUCUCAUUAGGUUUUUAGACUUCUGAAUUUCUCUAUGUAUCACUAAACCACCAGAAGAUUAUGCUACUUAAAGUUCUGUCUUAUUUAUGGCACUUUUCUAUUUUGAAAGUGCUAAGGCAAAAAUCGUUAUUGCCAUGCUAAAUAGUGGACAUUUCUGGGUCACAUCUAUCCACCUAGUCCUAGUCCACUAUUGGACUAUGGACCUCCUUUGAAUUUAAAAAAAUAACCCUAGCAGACUGUGGGCCCUUUCUGAAUGACCGUCUGACUUAAGCUCUACGCUUGGCUGACGGAUUGAAAAUUGCAGAUUAUUAAGUUUAUAAGAGAGCUUGUGCUGUAGCUGCUCGGCCUCUAGCAAAUGUGUAAUCCCGUAACUUAACGGCUCUUAUACACCCACGUGAAGAGAAGGGCUGGUGGCUGAUGCGAAAGAUAUAUAAGAAUAUUCUCCUCUGUCAUCACCGAAUCUUCUUCGAAUUUCUGAGCUAAAUAUGUUUCCACUGUUCUUUACCAAAGAAGUCAAUCGAGAAUACUUCUGUUUAGUUAUGUUAACAACUAGUUAUUUAAUUAAAUAGGCUGUGCAGUAUAUACGUUGUAUCAACGUCUAGAUUUAUAAGAAAUAUUAUUUAAUGUGAUAAUUUAGGUUUAUUAAUGUUAUUUAAAUAAAUUCUCAUUAUUAUUUAACAGAA